CGCACUAUCGCCAGCAUUAAGGAAGUGUGACAGUGAUAGGGACACGUUCUGUUUGUUGACUUCUCUCGAGUCCACUCACUGCACCGUUUAACCAGUUAUUUGCACAUUAUUAUCACACAUCAGAAAUCAUGGCAGGAACGAUCCAGCAGCUCAGCGAGUCUGUAGUGAUCCGCAGUCUCAAACGCUUCAGAGACAGGUACUUCCCAAACAGUGGUAGAGGUGUCAAAGAAGACAUGAAGCCUGCUACAGACACGGAAGAAGAAGAGCCACAGCUGGGAUUUUUGGACAGCUUACCGGUGGACCUACAGUUCCUGAUUAUGACCCUUCUGUCUCCUGCUGUUAUCUGCCGCCUGGGAGCCACCAGUCGGUACUGGAGGGCCAUGGUUAGAGAUCCAUUACUGUGGAGAUAUUUCCUGCUCAGGGACAUGCCCUACUGGCCCUCCAUUGAUCAUGUGACCAUGCCCCAACUGGAGUUGUUGGAUGUACCACUUGUCAAUGAAGAUGAGAACUUGGAUGAUAGAAAAGAAGGGGAGGACAAAGGGAUGGAAUCGAAAUUUGACUACAUGUCAGAAUACCUGAAAGGCUGCCCAUCCUGCAGACAGCAGUGGCUCCCUUCACGACCAGCGUAUCAGCUUGUGACUUCAUUUCUUCAGUCUCUGGUGCCAUCGUCUGAACCACGUUAUGCCAUGUUUGGCCCUGGCAUGGAGCACCUGGAUGUCUCUUUGGUCACAAGGCUCAUGUAUGCCCCAGAUGUGCUUCCUGUGUCUGGCACUCCACACAGACAGAUAAAUGGUGUCGGCUCAGGGAUCAGUUACAUGUUCAACAACCAACAUAAAUUUAAUAUCCUGACUCUGUACUCAACCAACAGGGCAGAGAGGGAAAGAGCCAGAGUGGAGCAGCAGAGCAUCAGUAAUAAACUUUUUACCUGUGAUGGAGCAGACGACUCAGGCUACCCAAUCUACAGCCCCGCCCCUCAGGUCCAGCAGGUGUGCCAAGUGGUGGAUGGUUUCAUCUAUGUAGCCAAUGCAGAGCCAGGGAAAGGUGGAUCGAUGUCCGAGGUGGCUCAGAUCCGGGCUGUGCUGAGCUCUGCCGGGGGUUCCACAUCCAGACCUCUGCUGGUGCUCUCCUGUGUCUCCAGAGAAGAACCACAAGCAGUUAUGACCACCAGCCAGCAAAAUAGCGCAUACAGAAACAGGGCCAGGUGUCGAACUCCCUGUGUUGACAUGGCGAAGAGACUCGGCUUACCGCAACUGGCUAACCCCUGGAUGGUGCAGGAUACGGUGGCAGAAUCCCUGUCAGGUAUUCUGGAGGGCAUUUCCUGGUUGCUGAGAUGUUCCGGAGUCAAACUCUAAAGUAGCUAGUUCCCUGACUCCUGCGGCUGCCAGACGAAUUAAAACCACAGACCUCAUUGCUGCGUCAUCCCGACACCAAGACACACUACGGUAUUUUUCUUGAGUAAUGUGCACCACGUGUGCACUGAAUGUCUGACUGGAGCACUGCCUGUGAAAUUUAAUUAAUUGAAUGAGCAGCGGAAGAGAUGGUUUGCUGGCUAUUGUUCAUAAGGGAGAUCUGACAAAGACCCUGAUCUUAUUUACAGAAUGAGCCAUAUGAAUAUGAAUUACAGCAGGAUAGAAAGUUAUACAAACAUCUGGGAGGUUCACAGUAACCCCAUGAGCUGGUUUUGCUGAACACUAAGUUCUAUGGAGCAGCUAUAAAUAUCCUGCUUGAAGUUACACUAACCAAAAGCAUUGCUGGUACCUUUACUUCUGACUUGAGUUGUUUAUAGUCAGGAGUCUUUUGCCAGCAACCUCCCUGCAAAAAGUCAGCUUAUGUAACUUUCAGACAAAACCUGCAGCCGUCUGAUCAAUGAUAUGCACUCUCAUACUGCAAAGAUGUGGCUUUUGGAGCUAAACUAUGAUUCAAGCAAUGGAAUUGAUUUACUUUGUUUUAAAUACUUUAUGUUUAUGCAAUUAAAAUAAUGUUGCGUUUUGAUAAA